AUGACACAUGUACCAUAUGCGAGUGCUGUAGGUAGUUUGAUGUAUGCCAUGGUGUGCACACGACCCGAUAUUGCACAAGCAGUGGGAGUUUUGAGUCGCUUUAUGUCAAAUCCUGGUAAGGAGCAUUGGAGUGCUGUAAAGAGGGUUCUUAGAUAUCUUCGUGGGACCUCGGAUUUAUCAUUAUGUUAUGGAGGCAUGGCGACUGGGGAUGAGCUAGAUGUGAUAGGUUUUGUGGAUGCUGAUUGGGGAGGUGAUCUCGAUAGUAGGCGUUCCACAAGUGGGUAUGUAUUCUCUUUAUUUGGUGCUGCUGUUUGUUGGAUGAGUAAAAGGCAAAGUACUGUGGCUUUGUCAUCGACUGAGGCAGAAUACAUGGCAUUGACACAUGCUGGCAAGGAAGCUAUGUGGCUUCGAAGAUUGAGUUUAGAGCUUGGUUUCAAGCUUGAUGCUGUGAAGAUUGGAUGUGACAAUCAAGGGGCUAUUUANUUUAUCUAUAUUUGCUAG